AUGAUUGAAGACAAGUAUAUUGGUCUGGCUCUUGCCAUGACAUCAGCUCUCGCCAUUGGAACAAGUUUCGUGAUCACAAAAAAGGUCCGUUUAGCACGAUGGCUUCCCACCAGCUGGGGCUUGCUUUUUCUUGAGCGGCAGCGCAUUCUUUGGCAACUUACGGAGUACACAGAGCUGACCGGUUACCAGGGGUUGAUACAAGCAGAAGAACGACAUGGCUUUGAAGGUGACGGUUUCGCAUAUCUCAGAAAUCCCUUAUGGUGGGCUGGUAUCGCAACUCUUGCUCUAGGAGAAAUUUGCAACUUUGCCGCAUACGCUUUCGCCCCUGCUAUUCUCGUUACUCCCCUCGGAGCUCUCAGUGUUCUCAUUGGUGCCGUUCUUGGUUCAUACUUCCUCAAAGAAGAGCUUGGUACACUGGGCAAACUGGGCAGUGCCAUAUGCCUGAUUGGUGCUGUUAUCAUUGUGCUUCAUGCGCCUCCAGAUGAGGAGAUCGAAACUGUUGAUGAGAUCUUGCACUUGGCCAUCCAGCCAGGCUUCCUCCUCUACGCCUUCGCUGUUGUUGCUUUCGCCGUUUUCAUGAUUUACAGGAUCGCCCCAGUCUACGGCAAGAGAAACCCGAUCAUCUACCUUUCUAUCUGCUCUACCGUUGGAUCCAUCUCCGUCAUGUCCGUCAAGGCUUUUGGUAUCGCUCUCAAGCUUACCUUUGCCGGCCACAACCAGUUCAGCCACCCUUCGACCUACGUUUUCAUGAUCUUGACAACGGUUUGCAUUCUAACUCAGAUGAACUACUUCAACAAGGCUCUUGCAAGCUUCCCCACCAACAUCGUCAACCCCCUAUACUACGUGACGUUCACCACCGCGACGCUCUGUGCCUCCUUCAUCCUCUUUAGCGGAUUCAAUACAAACGACCCUGUCAACACCCUUUCGCUACUCUGCGGAUUUUUGGUCACUUUUACUGGCGUCUACCUCCUCAACCUGUCCAGAGGUGACCCUCAUGGUCAAAAGUUGAGCGUUGGAAGAGGAGGAAGCGAUGCAACAGGCACUGACAUGGUGUCUGGUAUACAAACACGCCUGAGCAUGCAGGCGAGGAGGAGCGGUGAUCCUUCUCGACACAGCAUCAGCAGCCAGCGAGGAGACCGCGAAGGUCUCAUUCGCGCAUAUGACGAGGAGGAGGCAGCUGGGUUUGCUCUGACCGACUUGGCCGAUGAUAGUGACGACGAUCUACGACAUACCAACGGCAAUGGCAAGGCGACAUACGGUAACAGCAUUGAGCUUGAUGACCGUCACAAAUCGGGAGAUCGAUGA